CCGAUAGCGCGAUUGUAAAGGGGGUUAACUCCAGUCCAAACAAACACCGGCAAACAUGGUAGCUGAUACCGUACGUGCGAUUCUCGGCUCCUAUACGGAGAGUUUUGCUGUAAUUGGAGGGCUAACUGUGUCUUUCUUUGCAUUGAAGUUAUGUUUCUCAAUGUUGAAAGUAUUGAAGGUGUAUGCCCUUGGAAGACUUGCAGGGAUAGGUCGAUCGUUGAAGACCAAAGGAGAGUGGGCAGUUAUUACUGGUGCCACAGAUGGUAUUGGUAAAGAAUAUGCCAGGCAAUUGGCAAAAAGUGGGAUGAACAUUGUACUGAUCAGCCGAACGCAGUCUAAACUUGAUGACGUUGCUGCUGAAAUAGGAGGUGUGUCCAGAGUAAAAACUAAGACGAUUGCAGCAGAUUUUUCUCAGGGAACCAGCAUUUAUGAUAACAUCCGUAAUCAGUUACAAGGUCUUGAUAUAGGCGUGCUUGUAAAUAAUGUUGGUCUAUCUUAUGAGUACCCAGAGUUUUUCCUCGAUAUACCAGAUAGGGAAAAGCUCUUCAUUGACUUACUGCAUGUUAACUGCACAUCGGUGACAAUGAUGAGUAGCAUAGUGAUGCCAGGCAUGUUGAAGAAGAAGAAAGGUGUGGUUAUCAACAUUGCAUCUGCUUCUGGGGUGAUACCCACACCCCUUCUCUCCGUAUACUCAGCCUGCAAGGUGUAUGUGAGGUAUUUGUCAGAGUGUUUGAACUAUGAGUAUGUUGACAAAGGAAUUAAUGUGCAGUGUGUGCAUCCAUAUUUUGUGUGCACCAACAUGACCAAGAUGCGUAAAUCCAGCCUCUUCAUUCCUACUGCCUCCACUUUUGUGAAGUCAGCGCUGAAUACUGUCACCCUUGAUGCAGUGACAUGUGGCUACCUUCCACAUACUUUUAUGGAAAGUGCCUUGGGUAUCAUUCCUCGUUCCUUGGCUGACAAGUUUCAAUUUAACAACUUGUUGUCGGUAUCCAAACGCGCUAAAAAGAAGGCUGCUGCAAAGAAAUCCAGUUAAUUAAACAUGGAAGUGACUCUAUAUUCUGGUCUGCCGCCUCUAAGAAGACAUAACAGCAAUUCUUGAAUAAAAGCUUGUGUGUUGAAUGAGAAAAGAAUAACAAUGCAUAAUCAAAACAGUUAGACACAGUUAUCAUGUAACAUAUAAUUUUUACUUUGCUAGCACAUAUUCUCAGGUGACUUGGCUAACCCUUUUUUGCUUACUCAAUUUUACUAUUUUCUAUUUACAUUUUAAACUCUAAAAAUAAUUUUCCAGUAGUAAAACCUAUACAAUUACAUUUUAUCUUGAAUUCCUCUCCAUAAUUCAGAGGAACCAGGAUACUCAUAAUUUGUAUAGAUGAGCUCUGGUUUAUAAUAAAAUUGAACUAGACACAAGUUCACCACCGUGAUACGUUUUUGACAGGAUUUGAUUACAUGCUCUUUGUUAGAACAUUUUGUGAAAUUUCCAAACACAUGUAUAUUGUAGCCAAAUUCUCCAAAAUUUUGUUUAGUAAAUAUGUAAAGCCUUAUAUUAUGGAAGACAACAAUGUUCAAGGAAUCAAAAUAUCUAUCCGUGAAGUGAUUGCUGGUCCUUCGAUAUUUUUGUAAUUCUCAUGCCAAGAAUACCAAGUCUCCGGAGAAUGCUGCAGAUGCUACUACAGCCGCUUGUCUUCUGUGUGAUAAUGUACAUUAAAGAGCUGAUUUAAAACAUAUUUAUACAUCUAUAAUUAAAUAGGUAGUUUUUGGUUUUAGCGGUGAUACUAUUUGGAAACAUUCAGUUUAAACUUAUUAACGGUUAUGAAGGUCAAUCUUAUUUUGUUUAAUGAUAGAAUAAAAAACCUUAGAUUAUCUUCCGGAGCUGUUCAGAUGUGUGUUCAUUAUAUAGCUAAUGAUUUUUUCCUUCCUUUUAUAAUAGCUUACGUUUUUAGCUCGACUAUUCGAAGAAUAGGUGGGCUAUACUACUCGCCCCAGCGUCGGCGUCCGGUUAAAGUUUUAGGGCAAGUUGGGAUUUUCACUUAUAAGUCCAAUACCCUACAUUCAAUUGACUUAAUACUUCACACAGUUGUUCAGGGCCAUCCCAUAAUGAGGUUAGAUAACUCAAUAUUAUCUUUUAUACAAAUUAUGGCCCCUGAUUGACUAUGGAACUUAGGUUAAAGUUUUAGGGCAGGUUGGGAUAUUGUUUAAUAACUUCUAUACCCUUCAUUCAAUUGACUUAAUACUUCACACAAUUGUUCAGGACCAUCACCCAAUGAGGUUACAUAACUCCAUAUCCUUAAUACAAGUUAUGGCCCCUGAUUGACUUAGGUUAAAGUUUUAGGCAAGUAAAAGUUAAGGGCAAGUUGGGAUUUUAAUAAAAAAAACUUCUAUACCGUUCAUUAAAUGCACUUAAUAAAAUUCAAAAUUAUUUACGACCAUCUUACAACAAGAAAAAUAACUCCGUUUUAAGCCUAAAUAUAAGUUAUGGCCCUUGAUUUUUUUAUUUUUUUUUAAUUUCCUUUGAAAGGCAUAUUUGUAUAUUCUUAACCACAUUUUCAUAAUGGGAAAUCAAGUUAUUUGAAUGACUUGCGUCAUUGUUUGGGCGGGCUGGUGGGAGGGCAGCAUCAAAGUCACCUUAUGUAUCAAAUAAUUUUAGUUAGGUUUGACAUAAAGAGACCAAACUUGGUAUUAUUACAUCGUUAUUGUAUUGUAAGUCAAAGCGGCGUAGUCGAGCGCGCUGUCUUACGACCGCUCUUGUUUAAAUAAUUUUGUUUUAGAUUAUCACUUUUAUAUAGAAUAAAUAGUAAAGUACA